AUGUCGUACAGAUGUUCUUCUUUGAUGCCCCCACCAACCCAAGCCAAGCUGCGAGAUCAUCAGACAAGAAAGGUCAGCACGACUUCGAACAUAUCGGUGGCUUCGUCGUCAGUCUCGGACUUUCUGGCCGAGAAGUUGAACCAGCUCCAGGAAGACCAGGAUUUUCACAGGACGUACCGGAAAGGGCUCCAGGAUGCGAAAGACGAGAUGGACCAAGAUGAGUAUCAGGGUGAGCUCGACUUUGUUAUCGAGGCCCUUGCCUCGACUAACCACGACCUCAAUGCCCUUCAAAAGUCCAAGCGUAUCAUUGAGAAGGAUAUAGAUGAGGCAAUUACCACCUACAAAAGGGAUCGAAAGGAAGAGCCUGACGUGGACUUUUAUGAGCGGGCCUAUGCGAACUCCAUCGUGCCACGAGUGAUGACUGCGUCCGGAAAUCAGAAGCGGGUGUUCUCCAAGCACCAGCAGGCAAAAUUCAGAAAGGAUGUUUUGGACAGAUAUGGAGCCGCUGAGGAUGGUGGUGCUUGGUGCCAUCUCACUGGGUGGUGGCCCUCAGCCCGGGUCAAGGCCGCGCAUCUCGUUAGCAAGUCGCUCACGGGCCCCGAGAUCUCGUACCUCUUUGGGGAGGAUGAUGCCCCCCUCGAGGACCCCAGAAAUGGGAUUUCCCUCCUUGGGCAACUAGAAAUGGCCCUGGACAAGGGGCUAAUUGUCAUCAUCCCAUCCACCGAAAACUACCAGGCCGACCAGAAAUGGAAGUGCGUGCUGGUUGAUAAGACAAUAAGGAACAACAUGGCGGCAAGUAUGACUAUACCUCCAAUGGGCGAAAUGAUCAAAAAAGACCGGCCCUUUUGGACUAUCAAAUACCAUGAGCUUGAUGAGCGCGAACUAGUGUUCCUAACCCCAAGCCGGCCGGCCAGACGCUACCUGUACUUCAGAUUCAUAAUCACAUACUUGAAUGCAAAGAGGGCCAGCAAUGAUGCCUUUACCAGUACCGUUGAGAACAAGAAGACCUUUUGGGCCUCCCCAGGCCCUUACUUAGAGCGAUCGACACUGACUUCCCUUGCGCGCAACAUCUCGGGCCUGGAGUUGCCGCCCUCCCUCACCGUGAAUACUUUUGGUCACGUACCAGAGGAUGAGCUAGAGGCCGACGACGUGGCAACGAACUUGUCCUGCCGUCUUAGAAAGGCGGCGAUUGAAAGCGGCCACCGGAAGGUGGAAGAGGAGCAGGAGGGAGAGGACGACGAGGACGAGGAGGAUAACGAGGAUGACGAGGACGAGGAGAGUGCAGUGGAAUCGUGA